AUGAGUGCGACAUCCCUUCGACCCGACUGGCAAUCCUCGCGGUCAUCCCUUCCACUUCCUCCAAGAAGAGCAUCAUGGAACCCACGGCGAAAAUCUGUGCAAGAGCUGGAAGAAGAAUGCACCGAAUCUGAUGAGGAUCUUCCAGAUGAUGCCAGUCUAUGGAACGUGCCCGUAUCACCACACGUCGCUGGUCCUGGCUCAUCACGCUCCAGCUUCGUCGGAAGCCCAACGCGCAGCCCUAUCGCCAGCCCCCGCCCUUUCCCUCUUGACCACGCGCGAGCGGCCGCGGAGACUGCACAAGGCUCCAAGAAUGGCAUACAGUCGGCGAGGAAACAGAAGUUUCAACCGAACCGUUCAGCUUCGGCCAAUGCCGCCCGCUCAAAUCCCUCCUCGCCCAGCAUUCGUCACCUUCGACGAUCUGACAGGGCUAGGUCAUGGAAUCUUGCAAUGGAAGAAUUAAGCGAGGAGGCAAGGAUCAUCUCUCAAAAUCUCGCAGAACAUGAAGCAACAAAGUCAGGCGAAGGCGGCCCGGAUCGAAAAGAUUCUCUAUCGCUGAGCGCAUCCGCCAGGCCGAAGGAAAAGAUCCAACUGCCCCCUAUACAAAAGGGAAGCUUGGACUUUAUGCCCAUCUCGAAGGAGAAGGAAGCUGUGCUGUCGAGGACACGUCCAUCGUGGCUGCCACCAAAAGACCCGAAAGAGGAGCAAAAACACCUGAAAGAGUAUCAGCGAAUGAUGGCCGCAUCCCUCGAAGCUGACAAAAAACGUCACACCAAACAGCAGCAGGAUCCUGUCCUAGACGAGACGACGAACGAGGCAUUAGCCCGAAUCUGGCAGUUCUUUGUGGACGAGAGCACCAAUCUGUCAGAACUCGACCCUCGUGUAUAUUCACUCUGUUGGCGAGGCGUCACUCCGAGGCUACGUGGCAAGGUGUGGAAACGUGGCUUUGGUAAUCGGCUGGGCUUGACAAGCAAAAGCUACUACAAGGCACUAGAACGGGCCCAGGAGAUCCAGUCGCGACCCUCAGAUCAGUUGGGCGGGCGAGAACGACAGAUGAUCCGGUGGUUCAAGGACAUCGAACGCGAUGCCGAAACCGCGUUCCCUGACUUGAAAAUGUUCCAACAGAAUGGACCCCUCUGGCAGGAUCUGGUCGACGUGUGCAAAGCUCACACCUGCUAUCGAAGCGACAUUGGCUACGUAUAUGGGAUGCAACUCAUUGCGGCACUUUUACUGCUACAACUGCCCACACCGGCGGACGUGUUCGUGGUUCUGGGCAAUGCGCUACAUCGGGGACUGCCCCUUGCCUUUCUAGGCGGCGAUCUGACCUCAACGACGAGGACAUUUAACCACGCGGUGUCGACACUGGCCAUCAAAUUCCCACGGAUUCACGAAUAUCUAUUUGGCUCGAUUGAACAAGGCGGUCUUGGCCUCGCUCCAGAACAAGUUUUUGAGCCGAUGUUUCGGACCCUGUUCAGCAACGGUCUGGACGUCGACCGACUGUGUCGCGUGUGGGAUAUGUGGGUGUUUGAAGGCGACAAGAUCCUCGUGCAUACGGCUGUUGCUCUGGUCGGCUGCCUACAGACUCAACUGUUUCAGAUCGAAGGCGAUGUGGACCUGAAGAGACGCAACAUUCAGGAGAUGUUGGCUUGGGGACCUUUCAAUCGCACCAGUCCCGGCGAAUACUGGAAACUGCAAAACCUCGACGAGGAGAGGUUUGUGGAAGAGAUUAGCAUUGCUGGAAAGCUGGACUACAGGGGAAAGUAG